CUGAGCCAGGAGUUAGAACCCAGAGGCAGCCACAAGCUGUGGUAGCCUGGCUGGAGUCAAGACUGACAGCGGGGGCCAGAAGCGGGCCCCCAGCUCAGGAGGGGAAGCAAGCUUGGGCUGACAGACAGCCAUUCGGGUACCAAGAGGAGGGACUCGGAAGGCAGAGCCAAGAGGUGAAAGUUGGACGGGGGCCCUGAGGGAGCGCCCAGCUGAACCCCAAAGAUGGCUGCAUCGUCUCGGAGCCGCCGGGCCCGCCGGCCGCCCUCCCCUGGGCACAUCGCAGUAGUGGUGGACCAUGGCUCAGGCUUUGCCAAGGCGGGCUUCGCGGGCGAGAGCCAGCCGCGCGUCGUGCUCAAGAGUUCCAGCCUGGUACCCAGCUGGGACCGGCCCGUAAGACCCGGAGCGCCGGGCUGCGAGCUGGCAGGUGGCGUGGCGCGCGCACACCCCAUCAAGCACGGCGUGAUCGUGGACUGGGAGGCGCUGGAGGGGCUGUGGGAGCGCCUGCUGGUGGGCGGCCUGCACGUGUGCCCGGAGCAGUGGCCCAUGCUGGUGAGCGACUCGCCGUCCGCACCACCUGCAGGCCGGGAGAAGGUGGCCGAGCUGCUGUUCGAGACCCUGGCAGUCCCUGCGUGCCACGUGGCUAGCACGGCGCGGCUGGCCCUCUGCUCCGCAGGCGUGCUGAGCGGGCUGGCUGUGGAGGCAGGAGCGGGUGUGUGCAAUGCCACACCCAUCUAUGCAGGCCACUCGUGGCAAGAGGCCACUUUCCGGCUGGACGUGGCCGGCAGCACCUUGUCCCGCUAUCUACGGAACAUGCUGCUGUCAGCGUGCCCCGACCUGCGACCGCAGGCACUGUCCCGCAAGGCCGUCACGCAGUUCAAGAAGCACUGCUGCUACGUGUCGCUGGACUUCGAGGCAGAUCUCCGCGACCCUAGCCGCCACUUCCCAGCCAGUUUCUGCAUGGGCGAUGGGUGCGCCCUCAGCCUGGGCAGCGAACGCUUCCGCUGCCCAGAACCCAUCUUCCAGCCAAGUCUGCUGGGCCAGACUGAGCCAGGCCUGCCCACACUGGCCUUCCGGGCCCUGCAAAAGCUGCCGGCCACACUGCGGACACAGCUGGCUGACACAGUGGUACUGGCUGGUGGCUCCACGCUAUUCCCUGGCUUUGCUGAGCGCCUGGACUUGGAGCUGGAGGCGCAGUGCCGGCGACAUGGCUACGGUGCCUUGAGGCCCCGCCUGGUGGCCAGGCCUGGACGUGGCACAGCCGUGUGGACAGGUGGCUCCAUGGUGGCCUCCUUGCACUCCUUCCAACGCCGCUGGAUGACCCAGGCCAUGUACCAGGAGUACGGCCCUGGACUGGUGCAUGAGGUGUUCAACUGAGUGGAACUGUGUAUAGGCGUUCUCCCAAGAAGGGGCAUCAUGGAUGCUGGGCCAGCCAUGCUACAGCUCCUCAGAGGCUUGACACUCCAGAGAAUAAAG